CCCCCCCCGCCCCCCCCGAGGGCGCGGGGCGGCCCGGCGACGGCGGCGGCUCUUUCCCCGGUUCUCGGCUCCCCGGGCGGGGUGAGGGGCGGGCAGGUGGGCGAUGAAUGGUUUCAGCACCGAGGAGGACAGCCGGGAUGGGCCUCCCGCCGCCCCCUUUUACGGCCAGAGCUGCUGCCUCAUCGACGACGGGGACCGCUGCGUGCGCCCCGCCGGCAACGCGUCCUUCAGCAAGAGGAUCCAGAAGAGCAUCUCGCAGAAGAAGCUGAAGCUGGACAUCGACAAAAGUGUGAGACAUCUGUAUAUUUGUGAUUUUCACAAGAACUUCAUUCAAAGUGUCCGAAACAAAAGAAAGAGGAAGACAAGUGAUGAUGGAGGUGACUCUCCUGAGCAUGAAACGGAUGUCCCAGAGGUUGACUUGUUCCAGCUCCAAGUGAACACCCUGCGACGUUACAAGAGACAUUAUAAGUUGCAGACUAGGCCUGGACUCAACAAGGCUCAGCUAGCAGAAACUGUCAGUCGUCACUUCAGGAAUAUUCCUGUAAAUGAGAAAGAGACGCUUGCGUAUUUCAUCUAUAUGGUGAAGAACAACAAGAGCAGGCUGGACCAGAAAUCAGAAGGUAGCAAGCAACUAGAAUGAAGAUUAGCAAGACUUGGAAUAAGAGAGGCCUUGAAGGAACAGAUGGUAUUGUGCAUUCUAGGUAUAUAAAAACUUUUGAAGUAUAUUGUAAAUUUUUUUUUAAAUGCAGUAAGUCUGGAUGACAGAAAAAAAUAUAGACAUUCUUAUCAGGAGUAUUUGAAAACAUGUGCCCAGCAUAUUUCUGAAGACUUCUUCCCCUGAUUUCAAAGUCACAUUGGAAUAAAGAAAUGAGCAUAACGGGGAAACCAAGUAAACCUGUAGGACUGUGGAGUUUGUCAGCUCGGUGUUUUAAACCAUUUCUGGAAAUCUGCGUCUCAGUGCAAUUCAGAUCACAGAUGGAAUUUUUUCACUGAAUUCAGACUGCAUCACACACCACCAUGCAGUUUGUCUUGGCGCAGGACUGGAAUAGCGGCAGAGAUAAAAUUCAUUAUCGAGGUGCACGGGUCAGAAGUUUGUCUGAAGCUUGCUCCCCACCUACACAUGCUCUGUCUUGCCUUGAGUCAGUGCUUCAAGUCCCAAACUUCUACAAAUGCUCCAGCUCACCAAAUCUACUCCAGUGAACACUACUUGACUAGUCUGAAAUUGAUUUUGGUUUUUUUUCCCAUUUUUUCCUCCCGCCCCCUUCCGACAUGGAUGCCAAACAAGUCUGCAAUCUCUUUUUCUAAUUUCUUUUAUUUAAGAACUCACUAAUUAAUUUCUGUAAGCAUUUAAAAACUUCUGCAUUUCCUCAGAAUGUGGUGUUAAAGCAAAUACAGCUUAUUUGCUGGGUUUGAUCAUGUUGGUAGAAAUGCUCGUUUGAUUCACUUACGCGUAAGUCCCUUGUAUUCAAGGCUCAAUGAUGGUAGGUGAAACAGUGGCUUAAGACAUCUGUCUCAAUCUCUGUGUCAGAUCAGGUAUCAGUCACAGGUGAUGUGAAUUUUAUACUGAAGCUAGUCUUUAGCAAGUGUCACAAAACUGCUGUGUGGAUUAGCGGGCACGGCAGCCUCCGUUUAGUAUAAAGCAGACUUUGUAUGCUAAUGGGUGUAGCACCAUAACCGGGGUAGUAAACUGACUGGAGCAUGAUGCAUUUCAUCUGUCUUUGCAACGGGCAAAAAGUAUCAAAGCACUUGCCUUUUGUGAGCAUUACGUGUGCUUUCAUAAGAGCUAUGUGAGUGGAGGGUGGCAUGCCGGUGCUCUUUAACUGGGCGCUGUAGGAGGAGAUUGCUCUGAUUUUGUUAUUUAAAGCCAAGGUGUCCUUACAAAUAACACAGUGGUUAUUUUGGCGAAAGGAGCUUAUAAAAGUGUUGGUCGUGACUGACUGUUCUCCAGUGACCUCAAAUUCUAUUCAAGGGGAUCUCAUGAUUUAAAGCACCACUCUGUUUUUUUUGCUGUCCUAACCAAUGUCUCCAUUCUGUUACAAGAUGCCAAGACUCCACAUAGAGAAUAUAUUCUCAACAAGCCUUAAGCAACGAACUGAACAGUAGAAAACUAUGGCUAGCAUUUUGUCAAUGGCAGGUUUUAAUAUUCCAAAACUGGAUGAAGCUUUGUUGAAGAGCUAAAUACACAGGUCAUGAUCCCAGCUUAGUACUGCAUCGUGUUUCGUAAGGCGUGGAGGGUUCACUUAGUGAAGCUCUCGUUGAAGCCUUCCCAGGGUCUCUUUAAAAAUCAAGUCACAAUUUAAAGCAAGCUGUUCACUUCAGCUCUGAAGUGUUUGCUAAUACUCCAGAAACAUGUUCGAACAAAAUUCAACAUGUCUGAGUCCUGUGUUGUAGACAGAAAUACUCUGUUAUGGUACACGUCCCAUUUGUGAAGUUUUGGGGAGUGUGAUUGUUUCAGCAUUUCCUUGUUUGAUUCACUAUGGAUUUUAAGAACAUCAGACAAGAGAGAGGUUCAAGGAAGGAGGAGAGAAUGUCUUGCGUCAGUAUUUCAUGAAUGUUUAAAAAUUUCCUAAUUACGCUGGUCCUUUCCUUAUUGAAAGGGUGGAGUGAUUCCCACAUCAGUCAACAUGAUCUGGCUUCUCUCAUUCAGGACAGAUAGCUAAAAGGGUACGUUCUCUUGACCGCAUGUUCAUCUUCAAAGUGCUCAUGUAAUCAGAGGAUAUUACCAAGGGAAAAUGAGUUUCUGAGUUGAGAGGGUUAUGCCUCAUUGUAAGUUCUAGACCAAAACUGUAAAAAUGUAGUUUGUUUGGGAUUUACUUUUUUGUUGUUGUAUUUUGUUUUGUUUUAUUUCUAAGAGUAAAUAAAUCUGUUGGGGUGUUUUAGCAGCCAGCAGCAAAAUGAUUCUUUUCAAGGAAAUAUGGUGGCAGGUUCCAUCUGUUCAGGUGUGUUCACUGGAAUGCUUUUGUGCAGAGGUGGUAUCCAGGAAACUUUUCUUUUUUUCCUGAAAAUAGUCAAUGGAUGUGAAAUGUGAUCCUUGUUGGUUUCACUCUUAAAGCAAUUAUACUUUUUUGAAAAAAUUCUUAGUGAAGUGUGAUGAUGAAGAGAUGUUUACCAGCCAUUAGCAGUUGUUUAUAAGGUGGAAAGCUUGGAGGCAAGACACCAAAGAAACAGAAGAAUCUUUGGCUGUCGGACCCCAUGGCCUUAUAAACCCUUGCAAAUGCCUUAUUACCUUGUUCUCAACUUAGCUAGAGCAAAACGCCUUGAGCAAAAGAAAGCCGAUGUCUUGUUGGAAGGGUUAGCCACUUCAUGGCUCCCAUGCUGUAAACUGAAAUCACACGUCAAUUCAGUAGCAAUAUCCAUGUUCAGGGUGCCUGUGAUUCUUGAAAAGCAUUUAGUGUCUAAUAACCAGAAAACGCAACAAUGCAAUUGUCGUUCUGUAUAAUGCCAUUCUGUGUAUUUGAUUCCUUAUGCUGCAUGCCAAUUAAAAAAGACUUUCCAAC